AUGUCUAAGAUUGUCGAGUUGACUCUGGUUCUUUGUUUAAUUAUUGAUAAUGGAAAGCUUGGGUAUACGCCUGUUGUGUUGGUGGACGGCAGCCUUAUGUCCGGACGGGCGGAGAUCUUCAAGGAUGACAUGUGGGGGACGUUUCAAGAUUCUGCCAACUCGGGGACAGGGGUUGAAAUCUGUGAAGCUAUGGGUUACGGGUUCGUGGACACUCAGAAUUGCGCAGGUGUGACUUGUGGCACCGGCAAAGUAUGGUACGAGAGGGUUAACUGCGCUUCAGGGGCGGCCGUGUCUUUAACUGAUUGUUUGACCGGAUUGACUCCGUCCGAUUCCGAUGACCAUUCUAAGGACCUGGUUGUCCAGUGCAAAGCUCCGGAGUCAACAAUUGCUCCAAGUUCAACUCCAAACCCGAUUUCUACAUUGCCAAUAACUUCUGACAACAACGCCACGGGCUGCAACUGCACUGUGACAGUUUACGUAACACCUCCGCCAUCAGAAUGCUUGACAGGUAACAAUACAAUCAACCCUAACACCACCAAGGUCAGCGUUGUCUAUGACGCCUUGCCGACCUUCAACGCAAAAGACACCGCCAAAUAUUCCAUGAGGACCCGCUCUGAUAACCGACCAUCUGCUAAAGCCAUGGGGUCCUUCGGCAUCAUCAUUAUUAUUGGCCUUCUGUCCUUCAUUGUGGUGAUCGAUUUAUGGAGUGUGGGCAUGCGCACUCUUCAGCUGAGGGGACUUUGUAAGACACUAUGUAAGACGAAAAAGACUGUAAACGUGACGUCUAAAACAACUAUCAAAGUAGAAAGACUGAUCGAACCCAAGAAGAAGGAUGCGCAUACUUCUGUGUCGACUAAGAAAAUCACUACUAACCAAAAUGUCAAGACAACUGAUGUAGAGAAAAACGUCAGUAAUAACCCAGCUGUUACGACAUCCAGUGUUGCUACGACAUCUAAUGUUGCUACGCCGUCCACACAGUACUAG